AUGGUUCGCGUUUUUUGUACAGUCUUUGCGAUGGACAGUGACCCGAUCAAAAUCGCAUUUUCCCGGAACAACUCUCAUUUCUACGGGGUUGAAAACCGAAUCGUCUUCUUUUUGCGUGACUUUUUUGCCGUUGCCCAUUCGCUGCAGUGGGCAGACGGCAUCGUUAUACCAUCACCAGUGAACAUGACAAAAGAAAAAAUGAUGAUGUUAACCAAAUUGACAAGUAGGGUGGUGCCGAAAGUCCUAAUGAGGUUAACGAAGGACCAUGAAUUGUCAGAUCUGUACCAAAUGAAUACGAAUAAUUAUAACAAUGACAGAAACGUAAAUAGGAUACAAAAGAAAGUGCUUUUGUUUCCUGAUGGGGUAUCUAUUAAUCGUUGUGUGCAUUGGAUAAGAGGUAAUAAUCUUUUUGCAUACGACGAUUACCUCAAAAACGUUGAAGAAUUCCUGAAGAGCCAAAAUCUCAGCUGACAGACGAUUCCUCAACACAAU